AUGACAACAAUAAAUUAUAAUGAAAAUAUAAAUAAUAAUAAUAAUACAUUGGAAUCAUUUGGUAUUGAAGAAUGGUUAAUAAAUAAUUUAAAAGAACAAUCAAUUAUAAAUUUAUUUCCAGUUCAACAAGAGAUAGUACCAUUUAUAAAUCGUACUGAAGGACAUGAUAUUUGUGUUUGUGCACCAACAGGUAGUGGUAAAACAUUGGCAUAUGCAAUACCAUUAGUACAGAAAAUUGUUAAAAGAGUAGUUAGAAGAGUUAGAGUUGCAGUGAUUGUACCAACUCAUGAUCUAGUGAUUCAAGUUGAAAAAACAUUUCAAUCAAUUAUUAAAGGAACUGAUUUAGUUGUACUUUCAUUAGGUGUAAAACCAUUUCACAUUGAACAAAAAUUAUUAAUUAAAAAUCAUUCAUAUGGCGAACAUGCACUUUAUGAAAGUUUGGUUGAUAUCAUCGUUUCAACACCUGGUAGAAUCGUUGAUCAUAUAAAUGAAACUUUAGGUUUCACCUUAAAAUAUUUAAAUUAUUUAGUAAUUGAUGAAGCUGAUAGAUUAUUAAGACAAAGUUUUCAAGAUUGGUUAGAAAUUGUAAUUGAUUCAACAAAUCAACAUUCUGAUUUAAAUCAACAACAAGAAGAACAAUUAAUAAAAUAUAAUAGUAAAGGUGAUAUUGAAUUAUUUGAAAAAUCAAUAUCAUUAAAAGAUAAUAAUAAUCAAAUGAAUCAUUUAUGUUGGAGUGAAUUUAAAUUGGUUAAAUUAUUAUUAUCAGCAACAAUGACAUAUAAUCCAUCAAAGAUUUCAUUAUUACAAUUGAAUGCACCAUUAUUUUUUACAACUAGUAAAACUAAAGAAAUUAAAUAUAGUAUGCCAUCAACAUUAAAAGAAUGUUAUAUCAUUUCAAAUGGUGAUCAAAAACCAUUGGUUUUAUUAAAUAUUAUUUAUGAAUCAUUAUUAAAAAACAAUGCAAAUGGUGAAAAUAAAAAGAAAAUCAUUUGUUUUACAAAAUCAGUUGAUAUCACUCAUAGAUUAAAUACAUUAUUAAAAUUAAUUGGUCAAGUUGAUAAAUUAAAAUUCACAUGUGAAGAAUAUUCUUCAUCUUUAUCAACUGUUGAAAGAGCUGAUUUAUUAUCAAGAUUUAAAUUAAAUCAAAUUGAUAUUUUAAUUUGUAGUGAUAUUAUGUCUAGAGGUAUGGAUAUUCAAGAUAUUGAUGUUGUAAUUAAUUAUAAUACACCACCAAAUAUUACAUUAUACGUUCAUAGAGUUGGUAGAACUGCUCGUGCUGGAAAUUUUGGUGUUUCUUAUACAAUUGUUGAUAAAUCAGAAAUUAAAUAUUAUAUUUCUAUGAUGAAAAAAGCUGAAAGAUCUCAAACUUUACAUUGUUUAAAAUGGAAACCAAAUGUUUAUGAAAAAUUCCAAUCAAGUUAUAAAUUAGGUUUAAAUCAAAUGAGAUUAAUUUAUUCAAAGAGAAAAAUAAAUGAUAUUGGUGAUAAUGGAGAUGAUAAUAAUGAUAAUAAUAAUGAAGAUGGAAAUGAAAUUGAUGGUAGUGUUGAAAAUAUUGAAAAUAAUAAUAAUAACAAUAAUAAUAAUAAUAAAAACAAUAAUAAUAAUAAUUUUGAAAAAGAUUAUGAAGUUAAAUUGAAACAUAGCCUUUUGGAAAUAUCUAAAAAGAAAGCUAAAAUAAAUUUUAACAUUUAA